CACUACUUAGCUGUCAGCUAAAGAAAACUGUAAUGUUUUGAAGCGCUAUCUAGUGACGAUUUUUCUAAGCACGACAAAAAUGAAAUUUUCGCUCCCUUUGACAGAUGUGACUUGACAGAUGUAUGGCAUUUGUACAUUACAAAAAAGUUUAUUUUGAAGGAAUGGUCGUAUUUUAGUUAAAUUUUAACUGAGAUUUGUUGGUAAUUAUGAAAGAAAUUCGUAAAAUAAAUCAAGUUGUUGCUACAGAAUGCGCCGAGACUGGCGAGGACUACCUGAAAGCCAUGCUAGGCGAUUUCGAUAGUGAGCCAGGCUACUACAAACAAGUAAUCAAGCCAAUGCUAAUAGCAGGACAUGAGAAUGAAAUUGUUUAUUGGUUAAAAGAUCUUGGUCUCAUCAAGAAUGAGUUUUUCUGUCCGAAAGCUGAAUCAGGAACUUGUAUGAAGAUGAUGUCUUGGUCACAAGCAAGAAAUAAUGACAUGUAUCAGUGGAAAUGCAAUGGUUGUGAUGGGAAAAGAUCCAUAAGAGAAGACUCAAUAUUCCUUAAUGUCAAGUGUAGUUUCAAGAAUGCCAUUAGGAUCUUACUUGGUUGGUCUAAAGGCAAUGAUAUAGAUUCUAUGGCACUCAUGUUGGGUAUUAAGAGGCCAGUGGUGUCUAUGCUAUACAAGAAAGCUGGUCUGGUAGCCCAGAAAUACAUCACUUAUAAUACAUCAGAAUGGGCUGUGGGAGGAGCAGGCAAAAUUGUUUUGGUUGAUAGCUACCCUGAAAUGUGUCUAGGUGCAACUGAAACUAGAGAACCUAAGCCAAUUUUGUGUAUUGCAGAAGUUAAGAGUUUCCCUCAAAAAUAUUGGUUUGAGCUGUUGCAACCAUAUCGGCGUACAAACCAAGAGCAUCUGCAGUUAGUGAAGAAACAGAUUCUCUCAUCUGUUAAAAAGAUUGUUGCACCAGGCUCUAUACUGAUUGUCCCAUCUAGUUCUAUCCUCUGCACAAAUGAAGAUUUUCUGGAGCUAAAGUAUCUUUACCCACUCAUUAUUAGCACUGAUGAUCUUGCAAGACAUGAUGAUGGAAACAGAACAAUUGCUGGUAUCCUGGACAUCAUUUGGAGGGAAGCAGUGGACAUUUGUGAAGAAGCCCAAGCAUAUGGACAUGAGCUCAUAUCUCAAUACAUCAUUGGAAGAAUUUGGAGACAGAGAUAUGGUAGCAAUGCGUUUGAAAUGCUCGUGUAUCAGUUGGGACUUUGAGAAAUUGAGAGAGAGAGAAAUGUUGAAUAGUGGAAGUCCUUCUAUGUAUUCAUUGCAAAAGUUGAUAACAUAUUGGAGGUGAGCGUUUCAUAAUGGAAAUCAAGACUUUUGUAUCUUUAUAUCCCAUUUUUGUUAUUUGCCUCAUUGUCUCAAAAGAACAGCUUUCAUUUUCAUUUUGAUUCUGCUGAUAUUUUUAAAAUAUGUAUUAAUAAAUUAAGAGCAUUAUUGUAUUUAUAAGCAAUACUUUGGUGCUAAGUGCCUUAAAAGUUGUGAAUUAGACACAUAGAAUAGUUUUUUGACUCUUGGCUUUGUUAUUAUUGACCUGUAGAUAUUACUUUUACUCAUAUGCACAUUACUCACCAUGUUUAUGCUAUUUUUGUUGAUUUACCUUUGUCUUGAUAUGUUACAUUUCUUUUUGUAUUUUCUCAAAAGUGCCUUUUGAGUUGGAUCCAUAAGUGCCUUAUUGUUGUAUAUACUAUCGAGUUAAGUUUAAUAAAAGUACAUAUAUCAGAAAAACUACAAAAUGUGGUUCAUUCUCUGUAGGUGUAGUGUUUCCAUAUCUCUUCAUGUCUGCGUUACAGGUUGAACAAUUUUAGCCGGCGGAUUUGAUCAUUCAGUUACCAAAAAUUCUGUAUCAGGAUCACAGAAAUGACAAUACGUGACUUCGUGAUUGCAUUUUCUGUCCAUUUUGUAUCAGCGGCAAAAUUACGAUAUGUAUAGCGCCUCGCGUUUCUGCGACCCUGAUAGCAAAUUUUUAUUCAAAGGUUUGGUAUUUAAAUACUAAAAAGUUUGUAUCACGAUCGCAGAAAAGGCGAAAUGUAACCGCACGGAAACGUUUUCCGCCAAUUUUAUAUCGAGCAACUGAUAUAAAACUGGCGCUGUAACACUUUCAUACCUUCUCGCGUUUCUGUGUCCCUAAUAGCAAAACGUUAUCCAUCAAUUUCAUGCUUUUGCAGAGAAACUGUAGUCAGAUGCGCAUUAGUCAUUCAUUUGGAUUUGGUACCUCUGCAGAAAAAUUCUAGUCAGAUCUGCCUUAUUCAUUUGCUAAGGAUUAUGAAUGAGAAACGACAAGAAGUAUUUUCUCUAAACUUGUAUCGGCAGCAGGAGUGGCGCUUCCAUACCUCCUCGCGAUUCUAUGUCCCUGAUAGUAAAAAUGUCUAUCGAUUUGGUGCUUUUUUCAGAGAAAUUCUAAUCAGAUGCGCACUAUUGUA